AUGGCUCGCCCAGGCGCACCCUCUAGCUCUCACUCGCGCAGAUCGGACGAACUGUUCGCAGCGUUUAACGGACCAGCAGAGACCGAUCCAGGCCUGCCAGAUUAUACCCAAGCUAGCUCAUCUUUGGCAGGUCCAUCCGCAUCCACCGAUGUGUUUUUCGACGCCGGCGAUGUGCUGCCCGAGGCUGACUCACACUCCACCACCACCGCUUCUGUCAAUGAUCCGCUGGGAGCAAAUAGAGCCAAUGCAAGCGCAUCCGGGGCCCCGAUUCCCAGUGGUUUCCGCACACCGUCGCGAUUGAACCGCAGCAAUGGCAACACUCCCGCUUACGACUUUGAACGUCCCGAAUACUUCCCCACAGUGACAAGGCGUCCACCACCUUCAUCCAAUGCGACCAGCCCACGAACCGAUGCUGCUGCUGCUGCGACCACAGAUGCUACCAACGCCGACCACCGCACAAUAGACAUGAGCUUCGAAGGUGGCAACGACGCGGACGACUCGCUUCAUGCAGCCAGCGGCAGCCAAGUUCACCGCAACGGCUACAGCUCCUUGCCCACUUCCAGCGGCGGCAGCGGCAGCGGCGGCAUCAGCACAGACGCCUCGGAGCAUCUCUCCAGGAGCGACAGAAUGCGCUUUGCUCUCGGGAGAUUCGGCCGCUUUGUUGGCAUGGGCAUUCCAGGCGCAAGAUACACAUCCCUCUCUACACAGAACGGUGGUCGUGCGGGCGUGCAUCGGCCUCGUGUAGUUGGUGGCGGCAUCGGCCAAGACGGCGUAUUUGCCAACUUAAGUGCCAAGCCUGAGCGCCGUCGACGUGGUCACAAUGCCGGAGGCACCGACGACCGUGGUGACGACGAUGAUCUCGAGGACGACAUGCAGCCACCCACCUACGAGAUUGCGGCUGCCGACGCAGUGCCUCAGUACUGGGAGACCACCAUCCUCGGUGGCAGCGUCCAUCCGCUCGCCAACGGACUCGGCUGGACACCUGGAGGUGCUCACGUGGGUGCCAUCGAAGAUCUCAUCGUCGAAGGCUUGGCCGUAGGCAACUUUUUCGGAUUUGCCUGGAACCUGCUCGUUUCCAUGACGUUCCAAUUUGUGGGCUUCUUGCUCACCUACCUGCUCCACACAACACAUGCCGCGCGGUGCGGCAGCCGUGCCGGAUUGGGCGUCACGCUCAUCCAGUACGGCUUCUACCUUCGCACCAGGGCGGCCGAGAUUGCCGAGGGCAAGAUCAUUGGUUCGGGCGAUUUCAACGGAGGUGGCGUUGCCGUCUCGCCGGGAGCCGGAGGUGCAGGUUGGUUCGGCGAAGAUCUGGAUGCUGGCGACGGAGGCGUUCGCAGAAGAAGAGGAUGGCUUUCGCGCACAGUGCAGCCUGCACAGCCAUCGGUGGAUGGCCAGACACUCGCCGAUCUGUUUGCAGCACAAGCCGAUGGCCAACCAGUCAACGUGGGCGACCAGAGCAUCACGGAUUCGAUGAGUCAAUCCACCGAAUGGCUUGCCUACGUGCUCAUGGUGAUCGGGUGGACCAUCCUACUCUCGAGCAUGCUCAGCUACUGGCGAAUCUGGCGAUGGGGCAAGUCGCUAGUCGACGCCGCCCACCGCGAACAGGAAUCGUCGUCGAGCAACGCCAACAAUGAAGCCAACAGCAACGACACGACAACCACAGGUGCAAGCGCAUUUGUCAACCGCUUCCGCUCCGUCUUUAGCGCGGGUCGCGGUGCAAGCGCACGAGGUUCGGGCGAGGAUUGGAUCCUCUUUCCCGGCGUAGGACACCGCCUUGGUCGUACACGCUCGGGUUCAAGACAGCAGGCUCGUUCGGGCACGUCGUUCGAUCAUCCCACCAGCAUCGCCGAUCUGGAAGAUGAAGAUGGACUGGAUGCGCAGGACGCCCAGCUGAACCCAGCGGAACGGCGCUUGUUGGAUGAUAUGCGUCGCACCGGUCUUGUAUAA